UCCAAUCCGGAUGAAGAGCGUCACAUUAGCCACGCCUCUUUAGUGCUACAGGCCAAUGAUACUAUCGCACAGAGACGCACGCACUCACUUACAAGCUAGAAAGGAAAUGUCAAAAAAUGAUGUUAAUAUGUUGAGUUUCGCUAAAAAUGGCAAGUGAAUAGAUUAUGUUUAUAUCUUUAGUGGGCAAUUUCUGUAUGACUUUUCUGACCAGGCGCUAUGACUGUAGUCUUAUCAGGCAGCGGCCAUCUGCGGAAGUACUUUUGUUGACCCAUUUGAGAGAAUAACGUAUAUGUUAAAUACGGGGUAUGUAUGUACAUUGAAAGGUACGACAGGCUUUCUUAUAAUUCGUAUACUGUGUUCUCAAACAUGAGUGCAUUGUAUUUGUUAUAGUCAUCGCAGGUGUCAUUGACCGAGCACAUGACGGCCAGUAUGUUCGGCUUCGGUCGCCUCUCCGCCGAGGGGAAAGUCGGAAUCGCAUCGGGGGUUGUGUUUUUCUCUAUGCUAAUAUCUAGAACACUCAUCUCAGAGCAGGUUGACAAAAACACCCGUGCUUCGCUGUUUCGCAUUCAGUUCAUUCUCUUCAUUAACUCCCUUCUGCUUCUCGGCUCGCUUCACAUCUGGAAACGUGUGGUGAGAAGACUGUGUGGGACCAGAGCUGCGCCUACCUUCCCGCAGAGAUGCUGGCGUCUUGUUGUUCUGCUGUUUCUUAUUCUCGUUCAUGGGAGCUACUUUAGUAUGUUUUUCCUCGUGGACAGGGAUCCACAUUGGUUUUCAUUACUGAGUUUCUCGUGUUUGGGAAUUUAUGUAAUCCUGCUGUUCUUCCUGGUGGUUUUCGGAUGCUUAAAUCGCUUUCGCAGGCUUCUCUCACACAGCCGAGCCACUGAAGAUGUGGUAGCUAGUGGAUCCACCAGCCAGACAGUGUUGGCAUUAAUAUUAACAGCAAUAUUGGCAGUGUAUGGUUUGGUAAACGCAGCGCAGCCUCCACGGGUGGUUGAUGUGGAGAUCCCAAUGGAGAAGCUUCCUGAGUCUUUGAGUGGACUCAAGCUGGUGCUUCUGUCAGACAUACAUCUGGGACCCACAAUAGGCUACACCAAACUGCAGCGCAUCAUUACUAUGGUGAAUGAGCUGGAUCCAGAUGUGGUGGUCAUUGUGGGCGAUUUGACGGACUCUCAGGUAACUAGACUGAGGAGCGCUGCAGAACCAUUGGGACAGAUAAAGGUUCGACUGGGUUCCUAUUUCGCUACAGGCAAUCAUGACUACUACACUGCAGAUGUCGAAGGCUGGUUUGAGCUUUUGCGUUCAAUGGGCAUUCAGCCACUUCACAACAGUCAUGCAAAAGUGUUCCGCCCUGAACAAACUCAAGACUGGAUUUGCCUUGCGGGCAUCGAUGACCUGGAGGCCCGUAUGCUGCGAUACCCAGGCCAUGGCAUGGAUGUUGAGAAAGCUCUCAGUGGUUGCAGUGCAGAGAGCCCCAUUAUUCUUCUUGCACAUCAACCCCAUGCUGCCAAACAGGCUCUUCAGCAAAGGCCAGACAUCAGCUUGGUACUUUCAGGUCACACACAUGCUGGUCAGCUGUUCCCCCUCACCAUCCUGGCAUUUCUGGCAAACCCAUUUUUCUGUGGACUCUACCGUGUCUCUGAACACACUAUGGUCUAUGUUACUCCUGGAACGGGUUAUUAUGGCAUUCCAAUGAGAAUUGCAAGUCAUUCAGAAAUCACAAAAAUUAUACUGAAACGUGCAUGAAACCACAUACUCACAGGGUUAAAAUUAAUAUAUUCCCUUAAACAAUUUCAUGACCUCAUUGCUGCAUGAUACUUUACACAAUUAUACAUAGGUAGUUGACAAAUAAACCAUAUUUUGCUAUGUCACAAUUUAUAUCUGUCAACUACCCACAUAUGUAAAUAUAAAUAUUUUAAAGUAAUUAAUACAACUAAGCUGACUUCAACAGGCAAAAAGGAACAGACAGGAAAAGGCCUGUUUUACUGUACACGAGUCAGCACAGUGUGGGACAACCUAAGAGAUUCAAGCCUGUUAGCUUUUUCAGUGUGGUAUUGUAUUUGUUUGCCAAAAUAUUUGAGUAAUUCAAGCACUUUAAUAUGAAAAUAUUUCAAUUCCAAAGUGCCCGUUUUUUUUUAACGAAUGCACAUGCAUUUGUUUUAUCCAGGCCUACUAUCUUCUUUGUGAUGCAUAUUUACGACCGUAAUCAAACUGAAAUUUAUUGCACUGUUUCAACUGUCAGUUAUGUGAAAAUCAGGGAUGUCAUUAACAGUCUACAGUGAUUUUAGGUUUUUGUGAUUAAAGGUUCUUACUGCAAAACGUCAGUCUCAAAAUAGGCUUU